AUGCGGCCUUUUCUUCUUCUUUGGUCCCUCAUAUCGGGAUCCAUGGUCUUGGGUCAGACUUCGUGCCCUUCCUUGCCAUCUUCCAUCAACUACGCCGCCAACCCCAAGUUGCCUAAUCCGUAUCUUUCGAUCAACGGCACGAAAGUCACGUCCAAGUCACAAUGGGAAUGCCGCAAGGAGGAGAUCAAACAGUUGUACUACCGCUACUCCUUGGGGACCAUGCCAGCAAAGCCAAACGUCACGGCUUCCUUGUCUGGCAGCACUCUCCAGAUUACGGCCAAGGAUGGGAGCAAGUCGACGUCUUUCUCUGUCACGAUCAAGCUCCCUAGCUCGGGUACAGCGCCAUACCCUGCGAUCAUCGCGUACGGGGCCCCAAGCAUUCCCGUUCCAAGCUCUGUGGCCGUGAUCACGUAUCAGAAUUUUGACAUCGGCGCCGACAACGGCCGUGGCCAGGGGAAAUUCUACGAUCUGUACGGUUCAUCUGCCAGCGCUGGAGCCAUGAUCGCCUGGGCUUGGGGCGUCUCCCGCAUCAUCGAUGCGCUAGAGCUCACGCCAGCCGCGAAAAUUGAUCCUGCGAGAGUAGGCGUGACAGGAUGUUCUCGUAAUGGCAAGGGGGCAAUGGUGGCCGGGGCUUUCGAGGACCGCGUCGCGCUCACAAUUCCUCAGGAAGGAGGCCAAGGCAGCGCGGGUUGCUGGCGCAUCGCGGACGAGAUCAAGAAGAAUGGCACGACGGUCGAGACAGCCCACCAGAUUGAUAAUGGCGACACGUGGUACUCAACCGACUUUUCCAAGUAUGUGGACGUUGUACCAACGCUGCCGUGGGAUAAUCAUAUGAUGCAUGCACUCUAUGCAUCUCCAGCAAGGGGACUCCUCAUCAUCGAAAACACGGCCAUCGACUACCUGGGGCCGACGAGCAACUAUCACUGUGCAAAUGCUGGCCGUAUGGUAUUUGAUUCUUUGGCGAUCAAGGACUAUAUGGGCUUGAGCCAAGUCAGCCACUCGGACCACUGCGGAUUUCCGUCGGCUUCGCAGGCUGAUCUUACGGCGUUCAUCAAUAGGUUCCUAUUAAAGCAGAGCGCGAACACGGAUAUUUGGAAGACAGACGGGAAGCCCCAUUAUCAUGCUUCGCUUAUCGAGCGGCCCGACGCGCCAUCGGAUCGGCAUGCUGUUGUCUCGGCCAUGAACGAGGACGACCAAGGCCCGCUUAUGUGCGGCAGCGUCGCGGCCGCCCUGUUCAGCGCCACGAUGCUCACCGCAGCUCGUCUCUACUGCAGCGUCGGCCUGUUGAACCGGUACCGGCGGGAGGAUGCCGUCAUCUUGCUUUCACUAAUUUUCUUAUGGGCUGGGUGUAUCUUGACGAUUCUCGCCGUGGUUAGCGGCAUGGGGAAACAUGUGGACACUCUCACGAUCCAACAAAGGGUCGAUGCCAGAUUCUAUUAUCUCGUCUCCGUGUGGCCCGCCCUGCUGGCCAUCACCGUGCCAAAAAUUGCCGUCGCGGGCUUGAUCAUCAGGAUAUUUACCCCUGACGUCUGGACAAAGACGAUAAUGUCGGUCGUGGUUUGCAUUGGUGUCGCAAACUAUAUUGUAAUAUCUGCACUGUCGACGUUCCAAUGCCGGCCACUCGCGGCCUCGUGGGACCCGAGAGUUCAGGGAGCCACCUGUGUCAGCCCCAAGAUAUAUCUGGACCUGUGCUAUUUCACAUCAACCUACUCUGCCUCUGUCGACUGUUAUCUGGCAAUCUACCCAGCUCUGGUAUUUCGAAAAAUGGGCUUUAGUGUCAUCAAGAAGAUAGGUCUAAGUGUUGUCCUCGGCCUCGGCAUCGGCGCAACCGCAGUCGCCUGUCUCAAAAUUUCGUAUCUGCACGUCCUCUCAAGCGAGGACUUCACAUGGACGACGCCACGGCUCACCAUCUGGACAAUCACAGAAGCAACAGUCACAAUUGUAGCGGCGUGCAUUCCCGUUCUGCACCCGCUCUACGACCGCGCCCGCUCCGGGCUGAGGAAGCUCAUCCACAGGCGAUCCGAGCAAGGUACUACCGGCCACGAGGCCACCCCGUCCGGGACGCCCGAGUCACCCGGGUUUUGGAGCCUCAAGCUAAGGGCCAUCGGCCUCGCAGAGUCCUGGUGGUCGAGCACUGGCGGCCGCACGUCACGGCGCUCUGCUGGUGCCCGUCAGGCGAACACACAGGGGACGUCUGCUGUCGCGAUGUCCAACGUCGACAAUGUCACUGUGCUUCAAGCUGGUGACGAGGAGCCUGGCGAUCAGGAACGACCGAGGGACCUGACUGUGAAUGUUGACAGAAUGUCUGAGUCCCCGGCUGUAGAGCAGGCCGGGGACGUGCUUGGUGGAAAUGGCCCUGAGCAUAAGAGUGGCGAGUAUACCACCGUUAUUGGGCAAAAAUGA